GGAGCCAGCCCGCCGAGCCCGCAGCCAGGGCGGCGCAGACCGGCCCGGCCACCCGCCCCGCUGCGCGCCGGGACCCGCCGCCACCGCCACCGCCGCCGCCACCGCCACCGGGUCCGGGGCGCCGAGAGAAGGUCCCCAGCUGGGCGGGAGAGGGGCUGCCCACAGGCGUGCCCGCCCCGUCCUUGGACAGAACACCUGCAGCUGACUCCACGGGGCCAGGAGCCAGGCCUCAGGGAGAGACCGGCCAUGGGCCCCCCGCAGCCUCGGCCUUCGGGGGCAGCACCUUAGGAGAACAGGGGCGGACGGAGAACACCCAGGAGGAGGGCACUGCCACGGACCCGCCGCCCGCCCCAGGCCCCAGCUGGGCAUGGACCAGCACCUGUGACCUGCCGGAGCUGAUGCCGGGCCCGCAGGGGGCCGGAGGAGCCCCCACCAUGAGCCUGGGCAAGCUCUCCCCCGUGGGCUGGGUGUCCAGCUCGCACGGGAAGCGGCGGCUGACGGCAGACAUGAUCAGCCCCCCGCUGGGGGACUUCCGGCACACCAUGCACGUGGGCCGCGGCGGGGACGUCUUCGGCGACACCUCCUUCCUCAGCAACCACGGGGGCAGCUCGGGGGGCAGCCACCGCUCGCCCCGCAGCUUCCUGGCCAAGAAGCUGCAGCAGGUGCGCCGCGUGGGGGCGCUGCCCCGGCGGUUAGCCACCCCGUCGCCGUCGGCGGCCUCGCCGGCUCCGCCCGCCGUCUCCCCCAUCAUCAAGAACGCCAUCUCCCUGCCCCAGCUCAACCAGGCCGCCUACGACAGCCUCGUGGUGAGCAAGCUCAGCUUCAGCAGCAGCCCCGCCGGCUCCGCGGACGGCCACUCCGGUUACGGUGUGGACUCCGGGUUCUGCACCAUCGCCCGUGUGGCCCGCCCGGAAAGGCCUCAUGACCGAGACCAUGACAGUGCCUCCUUCCCCUCUGAACCCGAGCUUCGCCGCUCUGACUCCCUCCAGUCUUUCCGCCUGGACCUCGACCUGGGGCCGUCUCUCCUCAGUGAGCUGCUGGGGGUCAUGAGCCUCUCAGAAGGCUCCGCAGCAGAGACUCCAGCCCCAGCCGCUGCUGCGAGCCCCCCAGCCCCUGCCUCAAGCCCCCCAGCCCCUGCCUCAAGCCCCCCAGCCCCUGCCUCAAGCCCCCCAGCCCCUGCCUCAAGCCCCCCAGCCUGUGGACGCUUCCCCAAUGGGGUAACGGCUGGGUCUGGCCCAGUGGCUGAGGCGAGGGCCGGCCCUGUGGGAGAGUGUCCCCGGGCCCCUGCUGACAUGGCCCCCGGCAGGCCCUGGGGAGCCGGCUGGAGCGGCAGCCGGGGCAGCCGCCACUACACGGAGAUGGAUGCCCGGCAGGAGCUGGUGAAGGUGCUGCCGCAGGGCCGGGCCUCUUGGGAGAGCCUGGAUGAGGAGUGGGGGGCGCCCCAGGCGGCCGGUCGGGCCCCUGUGCCCAGCACGGUGCAGGCAAACACCUUCGAGUUCGCCGAUGCCGAGGAGGAGGACGACGAGGUCAAGGUGUGAGCGGCUGAGUUAGGGCUCAGGACCCGCCCAGCCCCAGACCGCUCACUGCCCAGGAGGAGCCCAGGCACAGAGCUCGCCCCCGCCCGCGCCUGGUCCUGCCCAUGACGGACGGAGGACCUAAGCUGCCCCCAAACCCUCCACGCCUCUGCUGGACAGACAUGGGAGGAAGGCCAGGCGUGUUCUGGGACCUGGGUGUCCCGAGGGCCCUGACCUGCUGCCCCCCACCCCCCACUGCCACUCCGGACCCGGUGGCCAUGCCUCCGGCCCCGCCCCGCCCCCGCUGGCUGGAGGGCCAGCCUCACAGAGCGGCCUUUGUGUGCUUGCUGGGUGGGGGGUAGGGAGCAUACCAUACAGGGCCUCUGUCUCCUCCCAAAGGGGCCGCCUGCCCCCGCUCGUCCUGAGGCCUCCCCCACACGCCCACCCCAAACCCCACUGGUCCCUGAAGCCUCGAGGUGAAGUCAGGUGUGACCCCGCCCUCCUGUGCACCCCAGACCGGCCUCCGGGUCCUGAUUAAAAGCUUUUU